CUUCCACGCACACGGCACACAGCACACUACCCUCCCGCUGCUAUUGCUAUCCAAUCCCUCCCCCUCUCCCAGUGCCACUCUUUGUUUUCUUUGCCUCCCUCUCCUCCUCCACGGACCACGGCUGGGUCUGCCGCUCGCCCUCUUCUCUAGCAGCGUUGCACGGUUGAACGCGGCUGUUCGCUCGCUGGUAUAGGCGUUGCGAGCAGGAGCAGAGGGCGGCGGCUGUGCCGAGCAGGACCGAACAAGGCGGCGGCGGGCGAUUCCUCGAGCAAUUUAGCUUUUGUAGGGUAUCUGCAUUAUUAUAGUGGACGAGAAACGAUUAUGAGAAUGGCACAUUUGGUCACUGACUGUAGUUUCAGCCCAUCUCCUGCUGUUAAGACACACCCCAAAUCACCAAAUUACGGCCACAAUGGCAUCCGAUUCCAAAAUUCAAAAUCUUCAAGUUCAAGUCUGAUUUCCAAAUCAUGUUCCAAGAGAUCAAAGAAGUUAUUUGUUACUCAUGCUAGUGCUUCUGUACAAGCACCUGCAGAUAAAACACAAACACCUCUUACUGGUAGUCAGCAAGCAUCUGCACAUUCAUCCUCUAAACCUAAAAAAGUUAUGGUUAUUGGUGGAGAUGGAUACUGUGGCUGGGCAACUGCUCUUCAUCUCUCGAACAAAGGUUACGUGGUUGCUAUUGUUGAUAAUCUUGUUCGACGCCUUUUUGACCAUCAACUUGGCCUUGAUUCACUUACUCCCAUAGCUUCCAUCCAAAAUCGCAUCCGCAGAUGGAAAUCUCUUACUGGCAAGACAAUUCAGCUCUUCAUUGGUGAUAUAUGUGACUUUGAAUUCCUUUCAGAAGCCUUCAAGUCUUUUGAGCCUGAUUCUGCUGUCCACUUUGGUGAACAAAGAUCAGCACCAUAUUCUAUGAUUGAUCGUUCACGAGCAGUAUUCACGCAGCACAACAAUGUUAUUGGAACACUUAACGUCUUGUUUGCCAUGAAGGAGUUUAGUGAAGAAUGUCAUCUGGUCAAACUAGGAACUAUGGGUGAGUAUGGAACUCCAAAUAUUGACAUUGAAGAGGGAUUCAUCACUAUUACUCACAAUGGAAGAACUGACACCUUACCGUACCCAAAGCAAGCCAGCUCCUUCUAUCAUCUAAGUAAAGUGCAUGACUCUCACAACAUUGCAUUUACUUGCAAGGCUUGGGGUAUAAGGGCCACAGAUCUUAACCAAGGCGUCGUCUAUGGAGUCAGAACAGAUGAAACUGCUAUGCAUGAAGAGCUAUCCAAUAGGUUGGACUAUGAUGCAAUCUUUGGGACAGCGCUAAAUAGGUUCUGUGUUCAGGCUGCUGUAGGUCACCCGCUUACAGUUUACGGAAAAGGUGGUCAGACCCGUGGAUACUUGGACAUCAGAGAUACUGUGCAAUGCGUUGAGCUCGCCAUUGCCAACCCAGCAAAACCAGGUGAGUUCAGAGUCUUCAACCAGUUCACAGAGCAGUUCUCCGUCAACGAGCUAGCCAAGCUGGUUACAGCCGCUGGAGCAAAGCUCGGGCUGGAGGUGCAGACCAAGUCGGUUCCCAACCCGCGUGUCGAAGCGGAGGAGCACUACUACAACGCCAAGCACUCCAGGCUCUCCGAGCUUGGGCUGGUGCCCCACCUGCUGUCGGACUCGCUGCUCGACUCGUUGCUCAACUUCGCUGUCCAGUACAAGGACAGGGUCGACACAGCGCAGAUCAUGCCCAGUGUGUCAUGGAAGAAGAUGGGUGCAAAACCGAAGACCCUCUCUGUCUAGUCUAGAGAGUGGGCAGCUUCCCUGUUGUAUAGCGUAUGGUGUCAACUAUGACAUUGACAUUAUAUGUAAUGUAGCAAUAAUAAUGUGCGUUAGUUUAAAGCACGCCGUAGUGGAGGUGUGAGAAUUGCUGUUACCAUGUAAGAUUUCAUUUUUGCCCCUCGGGUGAGAACUGCAAUUCAAGAGCAUUUGUUCUUUUUUCAUUC